GCUCUAAUUCAAACGUCUACAUUUACGACGCAAGUGAGACGUUAAUUAGCACAGGCUCUGAGUAAUUAUGACAAAAUCAUUUUUGUUUUCUCGUUGUUCUUUAGAAGGCGUGGCGAGCUAGGCUUCUAUUCAAGCUUCUAUUGAACUACAUCUGCACAAUCAACGUUAGUUAGAAGAGGGGUCCUUCUUUCGCCUGUACUUCCCAGUUGGAAUAAGGUUGAGAGCAUGGGUCUUCACACCAUUCUGAAGAAGCUGAAGCAGAAAGAGAAGGAAGUCAGAAUAUUGAUGUUAGGCCUGGACAAUGCUGGCAAGACAACUAUAAUGAAGCGUUUCAACGGUGAAGACAUCUCUACCAUCUCUCCAACCCUGGGGUUCAACAUCCAGACUUUGGAGCACAAAGGGUUCAAGCUGAACAUCUGGGACGUGGGCGGUCAGAAGUCACUGCGCUCGUACUGGCGCAACUACUUUGAGUGCACGGACGGUCUGGUGUGGGUGGUGGACAGCGCUGACAAGCGCCGGAUGGCCGACUGCAAGAAGGAGCUGCACGCUCUGCUUCAGGAGGAGCGUCUUGCCGGCGCCACACUGCUAGUAUUCGCUAACAAGCAGGACCUGGCCGGGGCGCUGAGCCGGGAGGAGAUCCGCGCCCAGCUGGAGCUGUCGGCCAUCACCACGCACCACUGGAGGAUCGUCUCGUGCUCGGCCGUCACCGGAGAGAACCUCGUCACCGGCGUGGAUUGGCUGCUCGACGAUAUCGCCGCCCGGAUAUUUGACAUGGACUAGACGCUACAGGGAGGGGAUAGGUAUGAGGCGAAUUCCUGGUGGGAUGGUGGGAUAAGACAAAAACCUCACGAUUGUGAUCAUCGUGACUGAUUGCUAACUAGUGUCAGUUGAGUGACCCAUGACGUAUCGGUCAUGGACUUCUCACCGAUGUCUAUAAGCUGCGGACUGAUCUCUGCUGAAUGACGUCAUACCGCGUGUCCAGAGUUACGUCACACUACGCUGGUGCACUGAAUGACGUCAUCUCUCGGUAGGUGAGGUCCUCGGCGCAUACUCCCGCUCUGAAAUAUCGGCUGUCUAGAAUACUCGGACCCGGUGUUAUGCAGUGAAAAAGGGAAUGUCUCAGCAGGUUGAUGUGUUCACUACUGCGACCUUUGAAAAUACGAGAGCUAUUUGCGACCAUCGGCGAACACAAGGUGCCCAGCCCACCGAAGGAAGCUUUAGCCUGAAGUGCUGCUGCUACCUUCAACACUGAAGCCUUAUGUAAUAUCGGAUGAUGAAUGACGUAGGCGACUGUGGCGUAGAACGGGGCAAGUCUGGUCUAGAUCGAUGCUAACGCACUAAACUCGUACUGACCGUGCGGUUAGCGUCCCGCACCGGUGUGCACCAAUGAAUAGCACGUCCGACGGCGCUGUGAUAUGGAAUGUGUGUGGGGAUCGGAGGAGGACACAUUGAGUCAUUGACACCCACAUUCCGUAGUAAAUGCACUGUUAUAGUUUGUCUUGCUUUGUGGCGAUGCUAACUUAUUGACGUAAUGAAUAAAGUGUCGCUUUUGUUCUC